UUUGGUAGUAGAGGAUGUUGAUAUAGUUUAGAAAGUUGUUGAAAAAAGAUAAGAAAAAGGUGGAAAAUUGGACGUACGUGGAGAGUAUUGUGGGGGAGUAUGACAGCCACGCUUCUACACAAUUCUGCAUAACUUUAACCAAAUUACCUCUCUUAUCAUCAUCGCUCUUCACACCAUAUUCACACACUCACUCAACAAAAUAGAAAUGGCCUUGGCAUCCACCAGUCUUCAUGGAGCCAAGUCCAUCGCUCCGCCGCCGGGGACCACCACCGGCCUACGGCGGCCGGCGGACCGCUUCGCGCUGAAAUCAUCCUUCUUCUCUCCAUCUCUCAGCCUAUUCGUGCCCUCAACUCUCCCAGCAACUGCACCUAAAUUCUCUAUGCGAGUUGCUUCCAAGCAAGCCUACAUCUGCCGAGAUUGCGGGUAUAUCUACAAUGACAGAACACCUUUUGAGAAGGUGGCUGAUAACUACUUCUGCCCUGUAUGUGGUGCCCCAAAAAGGAGAUUCAGGCCAUAUGCGCCAGACGUUUCCAAAAAUGUAAACAGCACAGAUGUUCGAAAAGCCAGGAAAGCUCAGCUUAAGAGAGAUGAAGCUGUUGGGCAGGCGUUGCCCUUCGCAAUAGCACUUGGAGUUGCAGCAUUGAUUGGCCUAUAUUUCUACCUCAACAGCUCCUUCUAGGAUAACUCAUUGUACUACAUUUUUGUUACACUUGUCUACUAUUCCUCCUAAUCUAUGAUGCACGGAUUCUUCAAAAAUUAGCAUGUACGGCGAAUCGGAUUCUUUUAGGGUGCGAUUCUUUCGGAUUCUCGUCGGAUUCGCACCCGAUUCGCCACGUGGCGUAUCUUUUAAAAUAAUUUAUAAAAAUAAACCAAAUUCGCAAAUUCCA